AUGAGUUCUCAAUCCAAUAAAGGCCUCUCUACUAAAGAACAGAUAAAACAAUCAAAGGAAUUAAUUACAAGACACCCUAAUGAAGGGGACAUCACUGAAUUCAAUAAGAAAGUAUCAAAUGCUAAUGGAUGUUUUUCCUUGAGGAACAAUCUGUUUUUCUGGAUCAAUAAGAAGCAAGUAUGUGCUUCUUGGUGUACUGCUGAAGCUGAACUUAGGGAAAGAAGAGAAAGUUUCUCUAAACAAAUGUUGAAGGAAUAUAAUGUCAAGCAAGAUGUGAUGACAUUACAUGGUGAAAAUAUUAAUUUUAUCACAUAUCUCAUUCAACAUGGUUGGAACAAGAAUCUUGAUAGUCCUAAUCAACUAAUCAAGAAUCUUAUUGAAGGAAAGGUUCUUACUCUGGAGCAUAUGGGCAACAAGGAACAACUUAGUGGCUGUUUUGUUGAAGGAAAUGUAUUAAGAAAUGCGUUUCGGUGGAAAGAAACUGUCGGACCUUGGGAGAACAGGCUCGGACACUACGGUGAUGUUUGGAACUAUUGGACCGAUGAUGGCUUUGGUUUCUAUGAGGGUCUCCAACUAGCAGAAGACCUAAAGGCACUUCCUAUAUGGGUUUUUAAUAAUGGUAUCAGUCAUUCUGAACAGGCUAACAUAUCCAACAUUUUUCCCUAUGUGCAAGAUGCUCUUGAUGGAAUCGAGUUUGCAAGACGAAGUCCCACUUCAAGGUGGGGUUCCGUUAGAGCUUCUAUGGGACAUCCUACUCCUUUUGACCUUAGAUAUGUUAUUGUCGGAAAUGAAGACUGCGAAAAUAAACUAAUACCUAUCUACAAAGGAAGUUAUCAUCUCUUUUAUGAUGCAAUCAGGAAUGCCUACCCAGACAUCCAAAUCAUUUCAAACUGCGAUGCUUCUCAUAAAGCAUUAGAUCAUCCGGCUGAUUUAUAUGACUAUCAUGUAAGAUCUAACAUUCAACAGUUUAAACAGUUUAAGUAG